AUGGAUAACACGGUCGCGGACACGGAACAUGAGGCCGGCUCUCGCAGAGACCGGCCAUGGUUGUAUUCGUCGAAUCGCAAACUCCGUCACCUGCAAGGAAUCUCUGUCCGCAAUUUGGUUGUGACUCCAACAAAUCGAUCGCGCGGCAAAACAAUUGAUGACGACGACAUCCCCAACAACCUGAGAUCACCCUCCAAGAUACUCGCACAGAAAGAAAGCCGGCCUUUGCAUCCAUCGCGGUCGUUCACCGAGCUCAAGUCGCAUGGGAAUAAAGCCAGUCAUGCGGACACGAUGGCUGAGAAGCGCAAUCCGCGCCGACGAAGUCUCCUGCCUUGGAAUGAUCCCAACCCUCGCACCCGACAGAUCAGACUGGAGGAUAUUACGAAGAGCCGGAUGGCGGAUACAUGGAUUUCAAUACACUGUGAUGGCCUCGAUGAACCAGUCUACAUUAGUGAAGUAGUCAACAAGGCUAUCAAUCCAACCUUCCAGUCAUUUGACCUCAACCUUUGCGGUCCUAAGGUCUCCCGAAUGGACAGUUUGACCAUACGACUGUGGGUUAAGACAGAAACGAUGACCGAAUAUGCAUUGCUGGUCGAAUUACAGUUAGACCUUUCCUCUCUUCAAUUUUUGGGCAAAACCAUCGAAAGCUUCCACCAACCACUUCCUGCCAAUUCUAUUCUGUUCCACUUCCCGGACGGAGUCUACACAAAUCUGACAGAUCUCCCGCCAGUGGAAUCAUCUCUCAAUGGCGCCGCGAAACGAACCACUGCCUCCGGGGCUGCACUACCCAGUUCCUCUUACGAUGCAUUGAUGCGGUUGGCGAAUCUAGAUGAAUGCAUUCAAGAUGCGCUAGCCACUCGAGAGAGACUGGAGUUACAAAUUGCCGACAUUCUCAAAAGAAAUGAAGAAGCCUUAUCUACUGAGAGCAAUGCAGCCCAGGCGCAAGAUCGUCUCAGCUCCCUAAAGCAAGCUAUUGCCGCAGAGCGCAAACAGCUCCGAGCAACUUCCAAACGCAAGGAAGAUUUGAUUUCUAGCAUCAGGUCUCGAAAGGAAGCUAUGGAACAAGGCCGUACUGCCCAGGAUAAAGCUCGCAGCCACCUCCCGGACGCCCAAGAGAAACUGGUUUCCAGUGACCGGCUGCUGCAUUGCAAUUCAGAGGACACCAAAGGGCAGAUCCGACGUAUCGCUGAAGAUUUAAUGGUGAUUUAUCCAGUUGAGCCCAUUGCUGAUAAAUCAUUGGCAUUUACUAUCGCGGGAUUGCCUCUGCCGAACUCCAACUUCGAAGAUAUCGACCGGGAAGUGGUUGCAGCGGCGCUAGGAUACACAGCUCACCUGGUGUACCUACUUUCAUUCUAUAUGUCUGUGGUCAUUCCUUACCCGGUCAGCCCGAACCAGUCAACCUCUUUGAUCCAGGACCCUAUAUCCCAAGAUCUCCCGCAGCGUACAUUUCCUCUGUACCCAGUCAGCGUUCAUUAUCGAUUUGAAUAUGGUGUCUUCCUUCUGAACAAAAACAUCGAAUUUUUACUCAAUAAAAUUGGGAUUCGAGGCUUGGACAUCCGACACACCCUUCCCAACCUGAAGUAUCUGCUGUAUAUUUUGACCGCGAGUACACCCGAGAUUCCUGCGCGUAAAGCAGGAGGGAUUCGAGGCCUUCUGGCAGGUCGAAUGACCCCUACCCUCUCGCGUCGAGGCAGCGUUGAAAGUGCUGCAUCUGGUGAAUUGGUCCAGCCUCGGAGAGCUUGGGACGUGGUCACCAAGAUGAAUGGAAAUCUUGCAUUGGAUCAUGGAAAAGCACCAGUACCCGCAGCUCGGGCGCUCUCGUCGCGAGUUGCUUAA